CCGCCGCCGCGGGGAGCGGAGCGGAGCCGGGCCCCGCGCGCCGCGCUCCCCCCAGCCCCGUGCCCGGUCCCGGCCCGCCAUGGCGGCGGCCGUGGACGAGAGCGCGCUGCCCUCCAUCUCCACCUUCACCAACCUGCUGCCGCUGGAGGAGCGGUCCGCCGACAUGCACAGGAUGCUGCAGCAGGAUGGCCCCGCCGCUGCCGUGAAGCGAGAGGAGGACGACUUGGGUAAAUUCGUGGAUUUGGACUUCAUCCUGGCGCACACUAGCAGCGGCGGGCAGGGACCGCCCGGCCCCAAUUACCCUUUGCCUGAGACCCCCGAGAGCUGCGGCACCACGUACGACAGCGACGGCUCCUACCCCACGCCGGGCAAGUUCCCGGCGCCGUACCCCGAUGGCCAGAGCCACAGCUACGUGGCCGAGCUUCUCACCCCGGACCUGCCCGCGCACUGCGACCUGCAGCGGCGGGAGUACACGGAGCUGCGGGUGCCCGGUGGCCCCCACCACCCGCACCACCACCACUCGGCCCUGCACCCGGCCCUGUCCCGCCCGCUGCCCCUGGACCCGUCGCAGCCUUUCGGGCAUCGCAUCAAGAAGGAGCAGCCGGAGGAGCGCGCCUGCAUGCUGGGGGUGCCUGGCGGCGAGUACCUGGGACCGGGAGGUGGUGAACACAAGCCCCCCCGCAUGGCGCCGGGCCCGGUGUCGGGACCACCGCUGCCGUACCCUGGUUUCACCCACGGCCGCUUGGGCCCUCCCGAGGAACCGCUGCCCGGCGCCGACCCGCACCUGCUGGCCGACCUGCCGCCCCACUACGCCGUGGCCCCGCAUCGCUACGCGCCCCACUUCGCCCCCCAGCCGCCCCCUCAGUUUCAUGGACACUUCAGUGUUUUCAGGGAGCCGCUAAAGGGGCCGGGGCCAGGUCCGGCGGGGCUGCCUGGGCUGCUGGUCACGCCGCCCAACUCCCCGGUGCUGGAGUAUUUCCCGACCGGGGGCCCUCCCGAGGACUGCAAGCCCAAACGCGGCCGCCGCUCGUGGGCGCGCAAGCGGACGGCGACGCACAACUGUGAAUACCCGGGCUGCGGCAAGACGUACACCAAGAGCUCCCAUCUCAAGGCGCACAUGCGGACGCACACGGGUGAGAAGCCCUACCACUGCACCUGGGAAGGCUGCGGCUGGAAGUUCGCCCGCUCCGAUGAGCUGACCCGCCACUACCGCAAGCACACUGGGCACCGGCCCUUCCAGUGCCACCUCUGCGAGCGGGCCUUCUCCCGCUCUGACCACCUGGCCCUGCACAUGAAGCGGCACAUGUGAGCGGGGGCUGCAGGCGCGCUCGGCAUCCCCUCUGCUGAGCGACUCCCCGGAGCAGCUCCUGCUGUAAAUAGCAUUGGGGAGCAGCCCGGCCCUUCUUGCUUGUAGCUGAUAACUAUUUUCUCCUCCUGCCUCUGCUGUGAGAGCAGGGUUCGGCUGCGUGCUGGGGUGAAGGUGAGGAGCAGGGCUAUGCGAAGUCCCUUGGCCUGUUCCUGUUGCUGAGGGCUGGUGCAGCAGGGAUCUGUUCCCAGAGCUCCUCGCUUGUAUUUGGCAUUGGCUUCAAAACCUUCUCCCUAGUCCUGGCACCCUGCAGCUCUGGGGAUGGUGGUGGCUGAUUCUGGCCGAGCUCCUGUGCUGGAGAUCCAUGUCCCACAACUCUGUGUUCCGCUCUUCUCAGCUGCGGCUGUCAGAGCAAACGUCCUGGCCCGAAAUCCCGGGGAGUGUGGGGUUAAAUUAGGACUUAAUCAUGAGUAUAAAGGUUCUGUGGGGGUCGGCAGUGCAGUGUUGCAUCACACAGGGAGCUGGAUGCCCUCAGAACUAGCCUGGGACCCCCUGGGUGGUCUGAUCCUAUGCCCACAGUUCUCCUCUUGGGAGCCCAAAUGGUUCUCACCAAUGGUCUACUUUAGUUCUUCCCCUCAGGAUGACACCAGGUACUGCUGCGGCUGCCUUCCCCAUGCUGCUUUUUAAAAACAUAGUGUGUAAAGGACAGUGAGUCCAGCUCUGAAUGCCCAGGUCUCUGCUAUACUUGAAACUUUCUUAGAGGGAAAAAGAGAAAACUCAGAAUGAAUCUUUUUAUGUGCAGCUUCUGCAAAGCAAGAUGUAAAUUAAACAAAGCAGUAAUAUAUAAUGUUUCUGUUUUUUAAUAUAUUUUUUUCUUCCAGCUGGGAACACAGAUGAGUCUCAGCUUUGGGAAGUGCACUGUUCCUGUCUGUGUAUAUUGUUAAUUAACAUUUCUCUGCUUGGGCACGUUAGGUCUCUCGCACUCUGAAAUGUUACUUUUCUUUAUAUGCAAACUGUUGAAAUAUUGUGAUCUGCUGUAUAAUAAAUAAACAAGAUGUAAACAUGAAA